UUUUAGUUUUUCCUUAUUCAGUCCUGCUACGAUCAACAGGAGGAAGAAAAGGAGGGGGGCAAAGAGAGGAGGCGGGGUUUUUUCCGAUGGAGCUGGGAGAGUGACAGAGAGCGGUCGAACACUCGGUCUGUGGAAAUAUGAUGGAAGCCAGCCUCGUUUCCCAGGACGCUGGCCACACAACCCCUCUGACAGGAGCACUGGAAACUCCAUCCAUCCAAUCAUCCUCUCCUCUCUCUCCACCUUCCCUGCCGUCACACCUUCCAGCCCGCCCAUGUCGACCCAAGCCGCUGCCUCCUGCAGCAAAGUUCACUCAGCUCCCCUCUCGACCUCCUCUACCUCCAUCCACUCCCCCGUCCCUUCCCCCUCCUCUCCCUCCUGUCUCUAAACCUCCUCCAGCUCUCUCCUCCAAUCCUCCUCCUCCCUCUGUCCUUCCCCCUCUCUCCUCAAACUACCCUCCCCCAUCUCUUCCACCUCCUCUCUCCCCUACUCCUGUCUCUCCUUCUCCCCUGCCUUCUCUCCCGUCAACUGUUUCCUCUGAUCUUGCUCCUUCUUUUACUCCUUGUCUUCCCUAUCCUCCUCCAUUAUCUCCUACAGUCUCAUCCUCCUCCUCAGUCCUCCCUCCACCUCCCCCUGUCAUCCCACCAUUCUCUCCAACUCCUCUAUCGCUGAGUGCUAUAGAUCGCCUGGUUGGGAGCACCUCGGUAUGGCAGCCCAAAGGACUCAGCCAAGACCAAACUACUAGUAUAAUGGAGAAAGAGACAGCUGGGGCCUUCCUUGUUCACAGCGCAGAGGACAAGGGGAUGACGCUGUCAGUACGCCUGCCUGCUGAACAGGGGGUGCCGCUUGUACGCAGUCUGAUGGUCAAACAACACAAGACAUUUGUCCACUUAGACGGCUCCUCUCUGGUUUUUGAUGACAUCUUCAAACUGAUCUCUUUCUACUGUGCCAGCAGGGACAUCCUGACCACCCCACUGAGGUUACCCCGGGCCAUUACCACGGCAACCAAGAAAGAGGAGCUGGAGGUCAUCUCUGCAAUGGGCGCAGAUUUCUGGACAUCUGAUGUGAACCAGCAGGCAAAGACCCAGGACCUGGUUUUGGAUCAGAACCACAACAGCCCGUAUUUGUACGUCAACCCAGUCACAGUAGAAGAGUUCCCCAACAAAGACCUGAACCCCUCCUCUGUCUCCAAACUUGAUAUCAUCACCAAUCAAAGCAUCACCUCCUCCCUGCAGAAUGGAGAAGCUCCACAGAUUAGCCCAGAGGACAAAGGUCAGACUAAGGCCACGCCCAACCAGGAAAUUAAAUACAAGCGCCCUCCACCCCGACCCCCCGGCGUGGGCUCAGGGUCUGGGAUGGGUCUUCUCUUCUCUUCUCCACCCUCACCUCACACUUCAUCUUCUGCAACUCCAGCAGCUGCGAGAAAAGAGGAAGGAAAGGGAGGAGGAGGGGAGAGAGAAGAGAGGAAGUCAAUGUCAACAUCACCUUCUCCGUCAAGACCUCCUGCCCCGCUGCAGAGCCGAGCAGCUCCCCCUCUGCCUCCUGCUCCUCUCCGUCGCACCUCCUCCAGGAAGAACGCUGACCGAGAGGUAGGAGAGGGGACGGAGAGAGAGAAGGGACAAAAACCCGCAAAGAAAAGUGGGGGAGGAGACAAAGGAGAGGAGAAAACAGGAGGGAAAUCAGGUCUGUUGGGUGAAGCGGUUGAACAAGAGAGCAAGAGCCAAACUCAAGAGGAGGAGAUUAAAAAGGACAGAGAGAAGAGAGACAAAGAGGAUGAGAAGGAGGAAAAAGAGGUGAAACUGGAUAAAGAGGAGGACCAACAAAAAUCCAGUUCCCAGUGUCCGUCAUUAGUGAAGAGACCGUCCCGUCCAGUCCCUCCACCCAGGAGGAAACCAUGUUCCCCGGACGCACCUGUCUGCCCCAAUCAGCCUGGAGGAGGAUUAGCCAAUCAGAGUGCUGGGACGAAAGGCCCCCCUCCCUCACCAGCGCGGCGGCCGGAUGUGUCGCUGUACUCGCCACAAGGGGGCGCCGUUCUGGCCACCGACCCUGACUCCUGCUCCACCAGCAGCACAGAAGAAGAGGGAGAGGCGACCCAGGAACCGGAGCAGAACCACAGUCGCCCUGCAGAGACCCGUAAUCCCAAGGCAGCGGUGAGGAGGACCCCCACAACCGUUAUUUUGGGCCGAGCCCGCCACCGCCUGUCCACCGUCAUCACCGGCCUCAUCAGCCAGGACCGCCGCCUCACACAGCGCAUAGUAGAGCUGGCCAGGGACCCUCUGAGCUACUUUGGUAACCUGGUGAAAGAGCAUCGUGCGUUCACGUUGGAGACCAUGUCGAACCACUCCACCUCCACCGAGCUGUUACAGGAGAUCAGGCAGAUGAUGACUCAGCUGAAGAGUUAUCUGCUGCAGAGCGCAGAGCUGCAGGCCAUGCUGGAGCCACAGCAUCAGAAUGUACAGGACAAAAUAGAGAGCAUAGUGGAAGCUGCUCUGUGUAAGAGUGUACUGAAGCCACUGAGGGAGCCAAUCUACCAGAGUCUGGAGAAGCUGCACAACAAAGACAACAGCCUGAAACAGCUGACACAGAACCAGUCUAUUGUCCUAGGCAGCACCACCACAGCAUUGGGAGUGACCACAUCUGUCCCCGAGGCCACUGCUAUGGAGAAGAUCAGCAUCAAACUGAACAACCUCCAUCUGGAGUACUCUCCUCAGAAGAAGAUCGACCUGCUGCUGAAGGCCUGCAAGAUCAUUUAUGACUCUAUGUCUAUCAGCUCUCCAGGGCGGGCCCAUGGUGCUGAUGACUUCCUGCCUGUAAUGAUGUACGUCCUGGCUAGAUCCAAUCUGUCUGCCUUGCAGCUGGAUGUUGAAUAUAUGAUGGAGCUGAUGGAUCCAUCACUAACAAUAGGAGAAGGUUCCUAUUAUCUGACCACCACCUACGGGGCUCUGGAGCACAUUAAGACGUUCGACCAGCAGAGGUCAGCAACACGGCAGCUCAGCAGAGAGGUUCAGGACUCCAUCCAUCGCUGGGAGAGACGACGCACACUCAACCAGGAGCGCACGGCCCAAGGAUCUGUCCGGGUACACACACGCACGCACACACAAGACAUCAUCAACAAUGACUUUCUGACAGUGUGUUGUCCGGAGAUUGGAACCAACCCAAAGACUCUGGGUGUCCUCCCCACCACGACAGUCGAGCAGCUGUCUGAGCAGUGUGCUUCACGCUUUGAACAAGACUCCUACACUCUCAGUGUGUAUAUGGAUGGUGUUCCCCGGCCCCUGGCCUCUACAGAGCUGGCCCUCAGUGUUAAGAACAGCUGCCAACCUGGAGCCUACUGUUUUGUCUAUCACCCUAUCGACCAAUCCAACCACCAGCCCGUCCGCAGCUGCCCCACUGACCCGCCGCCGGCUCCACCUGCAGAGAGCUUCCUCCCAGCUGACACAGCAGCUGUCGACGCUGCACAGCCAGAGCCAGAGCCAGAGCCAGAGCCAGAGCCAGAGCCAGAGCCAGAGGCAGAGGCAGAGGCAGAGGCAGAGGCGGAAGAGAAGAGUUUGAUUAGCCUGUAACUGCUCCAGCAUCACAGUGGCAGCUGCUGUUAUCACUAUGGCAACUACAUCGCUGCGGCGACUGCAUCAGCAACGUGCUAAUUCAAAAGAAGAUAACCACAUUUAGGAAAGGUUUUUAGUCCCAGGCCUCACCUGAAAUAUUAAUGUAAUUCAGACUUCAAAUUGAAAAAUAUGUGGAUUAGUGCAUGCGAGAUAUGUCACAGAAUUGAAUGUGAUGAAACAUAUUUGGUGUUUUUAAUUAACAAGUCUCUGACUGGUCUGAUGCCACAUGCUUCAUUCAUCACCAAAGAGGGCAGAGGAGACAACAAAGAGAUGGUUUUAUAUCUUCAGAAGGGGUCUGGAACCCCGAGGACUGUUUUUAAAAAUGCAUGUAAUUCUAAAAUGAUCAUGUUUAUACUGUUUAUACUCUCUGAAACUUGAUGCUAUUCUAUCCUCAAAACCUCUGCUUCAAACUGGGCCAGACUGUAAAUGACUGUCGACUUGCUUCGGGAUUACAUUAACAAGAUGAAUCUGUCAUUUCUAGAAGAAGCAGCCACACUUGUUUAAAAGGCUAAUGUUUUUUUUUCAAAGCAGAGGUAUGGUAGGUGCUACAUGGACCAAAACCUUCAUUUUCAUUCCAAAAACCCCAGUAAAGGUCAAGAGGUUUAAUUCCUCAUAUGUCUUCUAUAUACAGGAAGUGACUGUGUUGUAAAUAAACAGUUUGCACACUU